GAGCUGGAGGCCCAGCAGGAGCAGCUCGCUCCCGGCAACUUUGCGCUGAAGCAGAUCGCCGAUGCACAGAUUCAGGAAACCAGGCAGCGAGAGAAGCAGCUGGAGGAGUCCAACCAGGCGCUGCAGAGUCGAUUGGAAGGGCUGCGCGAAGCCCUGGCGCAGCAUGGGAAGGAUACGCAGGUUGAGCAUGAAGAAGCCGCCGUGGAUGAGAAGAGUGCGCACAGGUCGAAAGAGGAGACUUCCGAGACUAGGCCCAAGAGCGAUGACACGAAGGACCAAGCCCUGACAUCUGCUCCGGCGGAGAAGGUGGAGAGCCUUGAGGAGGACCAGAAGGAGAAGGUGGAGAACCUUGAGGAGGAGGACCAGAAGGCGGAGGCGCAGGAGGCCCCAAAGUCCCCGACUCCGGAAGACGAGGCCCCGGCCCUGUCGGUUGAAACGGCGGAGGGUGCAGCUGCUGCAGACGAAAAAGCAAAG